AUAAUGAAUAAUGUUAACAGACACACCCACUAAAAAGCAGCAGAGAAGUGUACAUAUAGCUGUUCAAAUGGCUGUAAGACAAAAGUUUUACUCAGGAGGGCCUGUACAAGACAAAGAGCAAAAGUAUGCCUUCAAAAGUAUUAAGCUACUGAAGGAACAGGCCCUCGGUACUGGAGUCGUGUUUAAAGCCAAAUGUGAUCAGCUUAUUUGUGCCGCCAAGCUCGUCUAUCCUGUUCAAGCAUCUGAUAACAACGUUGAGCAGCAUAUCUAUCAAUUUGAGUCUGAAUGUCAAUUUUUAAGCCGCAUUGGCCAUCCUAACAUUGUGCAGUACCUAGGGAUCUACCGUGAUCCUGAAACAAACACCCCAGUUCUUCUGAUGGAGCUCAUGGAUGAGAAUCUGACACACUUCCUCGAGUCAUCACUAGGAGACAUUCCCUACCACAUCCAAGUCAACCUCUCUUAUGAUAUAGCUCAAGCACUUGCCUUUCUUCACUCUAAUGGGAUCAUUCAUUGUGACCUCUCUAGCAACAAUGUCCUACUGAUUGCAGGAACUCGAGCGAAGGUCACUGAUUUUGGGAUGUCAAAAUUCACUACUGUACGUACUUGCCCGAGAAAACGAGUGUUCAUGCCACCAGAAGUCCUAAAUGAACCACCGGUGUACACAGAGAAACUUGACUCUUUCUCUUUUGGCGUGCUCUUAAUUCAGAUUGCGACACGACAGUUCCCUGAUCCUGCUAAUCGAAUCACGAAGAUCAGUCAAGAAGCUCUUGCCCUCGAGGUGGAAAGACGACAAACGCAUAUCCACCUGAUUGAGUCCACCCACCCUCUACUCUCUAUUACAUUGGAUUGUCUAAAAGACAAAGAUGUGGAUCGACCCACCACCAAACAGCUCUGUGAAACAGUAGAUGUCAUCAAAAGCACAUUAAGAGAUUCUAGACCCAUAGUCAGCCCACAGCAAGAUACAGAGAUCAUGCAAAUGAAAGAAGAACAGCUACAACUAGUUGAUCACGAAUUGCAAGCCCUUCAAGAGGAACUAAAAUUAGUAAAACAAGAAUUGAGUAGACUACAUAUACAACUAGAGUUCGAUGAGGAGAUGGGCACAGUAUCUCAGAAAGGGAAUGGUUCAGAGCACAAUGAACGACCAAAUGAUUUGCACCACACAAAAACACACAGUGAAUUAGGCCAGCCACAAACUGAGCUUUCUGUUAGUCUCAAAUGGGAGACACUACCUGAUGCGCCUUACACAAUAACAAAAGGAUCAUCUACCACGAUUGGGACUACAAUAUACAUGUGUGGUCUUAGCUGUACCUACGUGCUCAGCUCUAGCGCUAAUCAAUGGCGUAAACUACCCGCUCAUCCAAAUAUUGAAUAUACAGUCAUUAACAUCGAAGGUAUGCUAACUACUAUCGGGGGACGGGUACACGGAUGGAGCACAGCAGAGAAAAAGUCUAACCAGCUAUACUGUUUCAUUAACGGAAAAUGGGGGAAACAGUUUCCACCUAUGACAACUAGACGCUAUGCACCUGCAGCCGUGUACUCAAAUUUUACUCUAGUAGUUGCAGGAGGAACAGAUAAUAGAAAUUCGAACGCCGUAGAAGUGCUGAGUACUCCGAGGAAGCAGUGGUCCACUGUCAGUUCACUCCCAUUCUCAAUGAAGCAACCAUCAAUAGCAAUUUGCGGCGAGCACAUUUACUUGCACGACAACUAUAGCCCAAAGUCGGUCCUCAAGUGCUCACUAUUCACACUAGUUCAGUCUCGAUCAAGCUCAGAUGUCUGGGAAAAGAUUGCCUCUCUACCUGUAAGUCGAUCCACACUAGCUACCAUUAAUGGUCUCCUACUAUCAGUGGGUGGGGAGACUUCAUCGAAUAGUCGCACAAAGGACAUAUAUCUCUACAAUCCGGGCAGUAACUCAUGGACAGUAGUCAGUCAGAUGUCCACUGCUCGCUCUCAAUGCCUCACCGCCCUCCUUCCUGACAACAAACUUAUGGUGGUGGGAGGCGACCCCUCUAGGAUUGAAAUAGAAUUAGCCAGCAUUUUUUGACAAUACUACAUAUUAUUUAUUUAUGUUAGUCAUGAGCAUAACUCGAUAUUUUUAACUUUUUGUAUCAAUACAAUUGGGAACAUACAUGUGUGUCCCCAUGAUCAAAGGUAACAACCAAGACAAACACUAACAUGAAAGCCUAUAUAAACUGUGUAAAAGUUGUACUCGCAUCACAACUGUUAAGCAAUUAAAGCUGGAAUACACA